AUGGCAUUUCGCACAUGCGAGGAGUUGGAUACUGAACUCCUGUGUUUCCGGGGCCUGAGCCACGAAUCACAGGACCUACUCUUCCGAAGUGUAUUCGGUGAGGGAUGCGAGGGGGAGUGCGGUGGCCUCAUGACACAAGAGGAAAGAGCCAAAUGGAAAGAGCAAGGAUCGAAAGGCGAGUACACGGUUGAAAGCUGCCAUGGUCGGACAUGGCAUGUCCAAACUGAGGAAGACAUGUUGUUGGAUGACAUGGGCUUUCACGGCCGCCACCACCUGCCACUGAGCCAGACGAAAGCAUGUCAGGAGAUGUUGAAAGGUAUGCAGCAAGCAGCACCUCGUAGCUCUGCCACUCACAAGCCACAGUUUCAGCCCGAGUUCGUUUCCGUCAGCUAUGAGAAUCUCGGAGGAAGGGUCAUCAAAGGCACCUUGUGCGGAACAGCUUACGACGACGAUCGCUGUUGCCGACGUGGUGAAGAUGGAGAUGGGACACCCAAAGCUUUUCUGUUCCUCGGCCGUGCGGCUGUUACAGUAGGCUUCAAGUACGACAAGUCGGACCGACAGUGGCUGAAAGUGCGCAUGGCCCCAGGCGACUGCCUUCUUCGCUUUGGGAGUGCCCGGGCUUGGUGCAUGGGCGUCCUGAAGAUUGAUGCUUCUGCUCCGGAGGGCAGGGGCGAUCAGAAUCCUUGUCCUUUUGAUUUUGUGCAUGUGAAGAUUCAGGACCACCGCCGGCUGCAGCAAGAAAAGCCAGACCUCUUCCAACGAUGCCAUGCGAAGCGCAUUGACCCAGAGGACGACAAGUUCAACAUGAACCCUGGUUGCUUUCAGUACGCAUAUACUGUCCUUGGGCCCGGACCCGAUGGGCGGAUCAGGUGCAGGGUUGUGAAUGACAACGGUCUGAAGUUUGCAGAUUGCCCUUCAAAUGGUCGUCUCGGCCACGGCGUGACCAUGGCAAGAGCUUGCUAUGUUGACAGCCCACAGAAGGGCCUUAAGGGGAAGGGGAAGGGAAAGUCUCCCGGAGUGCCUCCAGAGGAACCCCGCCGCCGCUGGACAGGAAAACGCCAGAGCCCAGAGGCUGCUCACGACACUUUAGUCGGGGCCUGA